AUGCAAGGUUUAAAUAAACUGAAGGUCCUCUGGAAAACAAAUGCAUGGUCAUUCAUAUUAAGAUCCUCAGAAAACUUACCAGAUCCAUCUAGCGGAUGCUGCGGCAUGCAUCUUGCAGCAUUACACACCCAUGACAAAGGAGACGCAGCUCUAAACCAAUACCCAUGGCUAGCGCUCAUUGAAGAUUCAAGUGGUAGAAUUACUUGCACUGGUGCCCUCAUUAGCUCCAGAUACGUCCUAACAGCAGCCCAGUGUGGAUUCAGGGAACCAAAAAGCGUCCGUCUCGGCGAGUACAAUAAAACGAAUUCAGAGCUAGAUUGCCUAAUGGUGAAUGGUGCUAUGAAGUGCGCAGACAGAGUUCUAACUGUCCCUAUUGAGUAUAUGAAGCCUCACCCGGAGUGGUCGAGGCAAAAUCUUCGACUGAACGACCUGGCUCUUAUUAAACUGAAAAAACCCGUACCUUAUACCGAAUACAUAAGACCUAUCUGUUUACCAACAAACGACGUAAACUCCUCUCCCCCCAAGGGACUAACCUUCGUCAUUGCUGGAUGGGGGAGCAAACCUUCUAGCUUCCAGGAAGACGAUGUUGUCAAACACUUUGUGGAGGUGCCAUACGUAUCGCUUGAGCAAUGCAGAGCCGCGUACGAAAACUACAACCCGCACCACUUCAUGAUCAAUAGCUACCACAUUUGUGCUGGUGGUGAAAAAGACAGAGAUUCCUGUAGGGGGGACGGCGGCGGCCCUCUGAUGCAAGAACAAAAUGGCCGCCAUAUAGUCGCUGGUAUUGUGAGCUUCGGGCCGAAACAGUGUGGAACAAGAGGCAUACCAAGCGUUUACACUAAUACUUAUAAAUACUUAUCAUGGAUUCGAAGUGUGAUUAGACCAUAUUAG